UGCAGUUUGACUGCGUUGUAGAAGGUUUCACACAAAGAAUGGAUAACUAACAAGCUGGGGGAUCGGAAAUACAAACGCACAUGAAGUUGACGACAAAAUGAAUGCACCAAAAACAAACGAAAGGCUUGAGUCUACAUUAUUUUUAACUUUGGAAGGAGGAGUUUGAAGAAGUUUGAAGACGGGGUCUGUAGGAAGUUAAGUAGACUAAAGACGCUGAGAUUGCGUUUCCAGAGGAAAGUGGAGGACAGAAACCGAAGGAAAGAUGUUAGCAGAGACGAGCGUUCACUUUUAUAAAAGGCCUAAUGUGUACAAUAUUUAACCACUUUUGUUUUGCGCAUGUCCUUUCAAAUACGUUUAUUUUCUCAAAUAACACUGGAUCCGACGGAGGAAAACGGUUUAGUCCAGAAUGCGCAUAGUCUUUUAUCGAGAUGUCAGCUGUAUGUAGCCUGCGGUUAGGUUUUUUGGGGGGGUAGCCUAAAAUAUUUGGAUACAGUCGUAAAGAAGAUAGUUUGUAGCCUUCCCAUUUCCCUAAGACUAAGCCAAUCCGUGUUGGAACAAUGUGGCCAAUUUCUGUUUGUUUAUUGUAACUUUAUUGCAACAGUUGUUAUAUGUAUCGGUGUGGAUUGCAACCUCGUGUAGCCUAGGUUACAGUACAUUUGGUUGCAUUUAUCUUCAUUAUAUUGUACAGUAAAUGUAAAAAUAAAAUAAAAAAUUGGGGAGGCCAAUUGGUUGGUAAAAUAAUUAGUAAAUAAAAUCAAUAUCUAUUUGAUGGCUUUUUCCGUCGUUGAUAGAGAGUUUGAUUGGGGUUCAAAUCGCACAGUCCAGCUCACGGAGGACUGCAGUUUGGUGGAUAAAAGACUGGAGCCCAUUUCAACCAGGAGUCUGAUACGGGACAACGACUCGAACCAACGGACCACUCGUGGGAAAGGCCUGAUUUUGGGGGGAUUUAACUCCACAAGCCUGGAAUCUAAUCUUAUUCACUUUUGUGAGAGAACCCGCAUCCUGUCCUUUAGGCUAUGCCUGUGUAAACCGUGACCAGGCAGGUAUGCAGUUGAACCGACCGAAGAGCGCUUUAGUGUCGAGCUUCAGCCCGUCGAUUUCCCCUGAGACGGCAGCCAGUAUCGGUUCCUUCUCCAGCCAGUUCAAAACCAUGCGCUUCUCCUACCACAUCAGCCGCAGCAUGGCAAGACCACAACCGCCGCUGCGCAGGAUACGUCCGUCCUCCUCCAGUCCUCGGCUGAUGACUAAGAGCCUAUCCCUGGAGCCUGGUGCUCACGGUGCAUGCCUCGGGGCCCACGACAACGACUCAGACACCCAGACAGAGACCCCUCGCCUAAGCUCAGACCCCGGCCCUCAAACCUCCGGGCCACUGGGUCUGCAACCCCCCGGGGCCCUGCUGAACCCCGCUCGACACGGCUGUAACAGAGGAGACAACGGGAGUGGAACUCCUCACGAAGUGCCCUCCACCGCCCUCAAGACACGCCCUCCCUUACCUGGGCCUAAACCACAAGUGCCCCCAAAGCCUCCUCACCUGCAGCAGAGUGCUGGUGCUGCUAGACCACGCCCCCGCGCCCCGGACAAGCCCCUCCCUCUGCCUCCACCCUGUAGACCUCUGCCUGCAGACCCCAGAGGGGGAGGGGCCAGCCAUCCCCAAACACUCCCCCGCGUUGAGGGAAGCUCCUCCCCCACCGCAUGCGUGCUCUCCCUCAUCGAGAAGUUUGAGAGGGAGAAAAUCAUUGUGGUGCCUGAUAUCACGGGAGGGGGUCUCUGCACCCCCCGGGUCCUCGAGACGGGACCAGGAGGGGACACCUUCUCUCCCCCAGCCUCAGAGCUCCCUCUGGGCUGUCUCCCCGUGGUCUGGCCCCCUGGUUCCUCUCAAGACCUCCAGGAGCUCCGGGAUCUACCUCAGGGGCUGGCUGUGCUGGUUAAUGUGUUGCCGGGGGAGACGGAGGUACCAGAGGAUGACAAUGAUAAUGAACUAGGAACGUUGUGCUCUAUCCAAGACAAGCGUCUGUCCAUGGAGUCUGGCUACAGCGCCUCGGAGAGACUCACGGACACCAUGGAGAUGAGGGAGCAGGUGGGGUCAGAAUCAGAGAGCCAAUCAGAGAUCCCCUCUGAACACUUGCCCCUCCUUCAGCCGCAGACGGACGGCAAACUGGCCAAUCGGGACUCUGGCAUCGACAGCAUCAGCUCUCCGUCCCACAGCGAGGAGCUGUGUUUCGCCGGCGACGAGGACCGGGUCAUCUACCCAUGUAGUCCCGCCCUCACGCUGCCACGCCUCUCUAGCUCCUCCUCUUCCGGCUAUGCCGAGGGGGGACAGUGA